GAUAAGAAUCAAACUACUCAGCAUCAGUAGGAGCAGAGCACAGCAUGAUUACUGUAGCCACAGGCAGCUUAUAGAACAAGAUGAUCCAUUAAUCACACUGACUGAGGGACUCUGAAGGUUAGUAAAUGCCACAGACUUGGCAAGCUGCCAUUGGAACAAAGCAGCAAAAGAAAGCUGGGUUUCUACACUAAAAGAGAUGACGGAAGAGAAGGAUUUUGAGGGUGCUCUUUGUGCUGUGCCAAUUGCAGGAGUUAACCUGAGCCAGCUUCACAGACGGCUUGCUAAACGCCCUGAAGUCUUCUGCACUGAUUUGUUUCCUACUGUCCAUAGCUGCCCAUUCCACCGCCAACAACUCCAAGCCAAUGACAAGACUGUCAAAUUCAUUGGGUGUUGGCUCGGAGGUGGGUUCAUUGAGUUCAAUGAACUUCUGAGACUCUGACGAGGAGCAGGACUUUUAGAGCCUGGCCCUCUGGGGACCACGUUUCAGCACGUUGGCUGACCUGUACACUGGCUGGGUAGACAAGGACAAUGAUGACACAGAAACACUGCCAGGAAAAACAGAAUGGGUUCAACACACCCCUAUAUGUAUUUAUAGAUCUGUCCAUCUGUCCAAGGUCCUCAGAGUGAUGACCUCUUUCUUCUGCCUUCUAUGGCUUUCUAGCUGAGAUUUCAUAGCGCUCCUCCUUGCUUGUUCAUUGCACUGACAUGUUGGAAUGUGCAGGGUGGACUUCAACCGUUCACUAUCAUCCAACGCAAGUGAUCUUUGACCCCCUGGAUCUGCUGCUACACUGAGGAAUAAUUGCUGCAGUGAGAAAACAAUCUGUUUACAUGUUUCAUUUUUAAGCUACAUGACAUUUUCUGUUGAUAUGAGGUCCUGUGGAUAAAUGAGGGAAGCUUUUCAACAUUUAGUGGAAGAUGACGCAGAACAUGUUCCAGGAGGGGUUGUAUCAGGUGUUUUUUAAGGAGACACCCUCAACUCGCCCACUGAGCCAGGGUACCAAUCAUGGGGAGCUAAUCAAUGGCAGGAUUCAUCGUUGGUUUGGGACUGUGGUUAAUACCAGACUUUUAGUCACUGGAGUGGUGCAGAUUCUCAGUGCCUUAGCUUGCAUACUAGCCACAGUAACCCAUGCAUGUGUGAGCUACAACUGCUCUGUCUCCAUGACAACACCUGUGUGGUCAGGCCUAUUUUAUGUGGCUGCUGGGUGUCUGGCAAUGGAGGUUCAGAGGAAAGCUAAUAAAUUAAAGAUCAUCACUCUGAUGGGUCUGAACCUCUUUAGUCUACUAUUUGGCUUCUCUGCUCUCCUGGCCAACAGCCUCAGGUCUACGCAGCCUGUCGCACACAACACAAUUCAACAGCGUGUUGGUUCAUAUGUUGCAAAGGGGAGCUCCAUUGCGUUUACUGUACAGUGUUUUCUGGCAUCAGUCUACAUACUUUUCCUGUCUUUGAGAGGACUGCGUCGCUACAGUCAUCCACAUACUCAGACCUACAGACGCCUCUCACAGGAUCCUGAUGAAACCAACGGGCCUCUACUGGAACAAGUUGAAUUCAGUCUGUGACACUCACUGACCUGAAAAGACACACUCCUGCUUGCACAGUGUAAACUCAGUUACUGUUGUUGAUCAGGGUCUGUAUCGUUUGUAUUUAGUUUGUGCAAUCCUGAUUGAGAAAAUUGUUUUAGAUAUUGUGAAAUCAUAUCAUGCCACAAUGCCUCAGUAUCACUUCUCCUUUGAGAUUCCCAAAAACCUCAAAUUCACCAUAAACAAAGUGCAACGGCAAAGUUAAAACUUACAAAAAAAUAAACAGCAUUUUAAAGUAUUUGUGUAUGUCACACACAGCAAUGACCUAUUUAAUCAAACAAAUACAUGCAUGUUUUUAACAGCUGAGCAAUCUCAUUAACUUACAUCAUUAAACCGCAUUACAGUUUUCCAAUUAUCCCCAUUUUCACAGAUGCUGCUCUUGGUCAGCACUAGAGGGCAGCAUUGCCAGUGUUUUUUCGUGUUGCAUGUCUCAUUCACAAAUAAACUGUUUAGUGUGAUAAUAGUUGAUAAAAUUGUAUCACAUCAGUUGCAAAAUAUAAACAUCAGCAAGAGUUGUCUGCUGACUACACACCAUAUAUGUGCUGGACAGGGCAAUGACACAUAAUGGAAAGAAGAUGGCUGCACACUAAGCUGCAUUGAUUUAACAACACAUUUGGACCACUUGGUUUCAAAGGAAUUCACUGUUUUAAUCUAAUGAGCAUUGAGUGUAAAUAAAUUCUGUUUUGAUAAGCUUG